GUAAUACUGUGCCAUCGUCUGGUUCGCGUAUACGCGGCGUAUCGUUUAUGUCGAAGAGCGUCACCGCCUUAUCGGCGUCCAACUGUCCGACGUAUACGACGCGUCGCGAUCGCUUGGGCUCCACUACAGAGGGAGGAGAGACUCGCGAGUCCGGUUUGUUUACUUACGCGUUCGGUUUUUCGUUCCCGCUAUUUUCCUCGCCUCUCUUCCAUUCUUGCUUUCCCUCUUUGGCCUCUAUUUUUCACUCUCGAUUUCCCUCCUCCGAUCUCUGUUGAAUCCUUGCCGCGGAGGACUACAAAACUGUAGCGUUUGCCAUUCUCUCGUCUUCUUUCCCCGUGCUUCUAAAACCCUAGAAAUCAAGGACCUCAAGAAGUGGUAAGUUUUAUCAUUAAUUUUAUUUGCUUCUUCAUCGAUUUUUCCGUGGUGGAAAAUCUUGGGUUACUAGACGUAUUAACAAAUCAUAUGUUGCAGGAAGCCAAGAAUUCAAGGGCUUCAAGAAGUCGAAAGUUUUGUUAUUACUUUUAUUUGUUUCUUGAUCGAUUUUUCUCUUAUGAAAAAUCUAUAGUUAAUAGACGACGUAUCAAGAAAUCAUAUAUCGGAAGAAGCCCAUGUAUCAAGGGCUUCAAGGAGUCGUAAGUUUCGUCAUUAAUUCUAUUUGUUUCUUGAUCGAUGUUUCUCUUAUGAACUCUUUAAUUAAUAGACGUAACCAUCUAUUGGAAAUUUGGAAGUAUCAAGAAAUCAAGAACUAAAGUUAUCCGGUUUAAUCUCCGUCAUAAUCUACGAUGUUCUCGUCGUUGGUGAAAAGUGCUUAUUGGAGUGCAUGUCGAAAUUGUCUUUUUAUUGGAUUUUCUGGUUUGUUUAAGUUAGCUAGUUUAGAAUCAAAGUUUGAUAUUCAUUAUGAUGCAGGCAAAAAGAUCGAGUUUGGGAUAGAACAAUAUCUCGGCCUAUUCCAUUCAACCGUUAAUUUGAUUUGCAUGCUUUUAUUCAACAUUUUAUCUUUUUUUUUAAAUUUUUAAAAUUUUUACCCUCCUGCUCCGCGUGCACGUUACUGUAGCUAUUAGUGGAAUCUUGUUUUUUCCUUGUUCAUGGUUUUUUGAUUCAUCAUAUAUUGAUUAGAAUGGUUGGUCAUACAAUAUUUCUUUUGAGUCAAGAAGAGAGGUAUGGCAUCAGAUUCAAUGUUCUAGGAAGACUCAACUGGGAAUGAUUAUUCUAAGAGUUUCCAUUGUGCGCUUAGUGCGCUUCCAUCUUAGGAUGAUGUUUGAAUCAACUGAAAGAGGCAGACCUCUAUAACUCAUGUGUUAACCAGUCUGUUUGGAAAUUCUAUUAAGAUGCUCAGUGCUUCAAUCUUCAGUCUUGAUGUUUGGUGAACUGAAACUAAAGUACAGCAUGCAUGUAGGACUGAAACAUAAAUUUGCAGUUUUGGCCAGCUUAUUUUGGAAAAAGUUGUAUUCUAGGAAAGCACCCCUAUUUGGUUCAUUAUAACAUAAUCAAAAGGUAAAAGAAACAUUGAAUCUGUAAAGCAUAAGUUCAUAAAUUCGCAAAGUAGCAAAUCAGCAAUAAUGACCAAGUCACCCAGCUUCCUCCCUCUUGUGUUAUCCUGAUUUCACAGCAAUGAUAUUUGGAAUUAUGAAAUCUUAAGUUACAAAUGACCCCAGUGAUUAGAAUUUUAUCCUUUUUUUUUUUGUUGGUGAAAAGAGAGGUAAAAAAAACCUGAUUUUAUCUUAAUUUUUUGUUAUACAUUAUGACAACAAAUUCUUACUCCCAACUCCAGUUCCAAUUACAUGUUGCACUGUCUACUAGAGUUGGAUGAUGAUGUGGACACCUUAAGGAAAAUCUUGGCGAGAAUGAAAAUGGCAUGUUCCAUGUUUCAUGGAGAGUUUGUUUUCGGGUUGAGGCCUUUGUUUUUUAAAAAAAAAAUCGGUCCUAGGCUAGUUACUUUAGGGGUUUAAUACGCCGUUACUAUCAUAUGCUAUACAAUAUUUAUUUUGCAUUGCAUACAUAUGAAAAAGCUUUUAGAUGAUUGCUUUUAACUCUCUAUAUUGCUUUAUCAGCAUUAAAAAUAUGAAUGGGCCUUGCAUUGUAGGAUUUUUAUAACAUAAUAAUCAAUUUUCUAUAUUUGUCAAUUUUAAACUGAUAUUCAAAAGUGCUUGUCUUGCCCAAAUCAGCUGGUUGCCCUAGAAAUCUCCAAAAGAAUAUGCGCAAUCUCGGUCAUGUCUGUAUAACAGGCUGCACAACCUUUUCCAUAAGGUAUUAAGAAAAUAGCUAUAUAUAUUCUUUACAUGCUAAUUUUUUCUUUUUCUGUGUAGUUAGAUUAUCUCUGAUCAAAGGUCAAGGGACCAUUGAAUUAUGAGUAGGCAAACACAUUGAAUGGCAUCAAAGAGCAUAUUCCGAUAUCGCGGGCAGGAGAACUGAUAAUUUGCCUCAAUCAUGCAAAUCAGCAUUACUCCACUUCCGGCAACAUGUGCACACCAGUUUGUUGUAUCUUCUCUGCUAUCUUGUGUACAUCUAUUAUACCUUGAUUUACAUUCUGUCUGUUAACAAUGGAGUUGGCUGAGUCCAACUGAACAUGUGUGCACCAGUUUGUUUAUCUUCUCUGCUAUCUUGUGUACAUCUAUUAUACCUUGAUUUACAUUAUGUCAAUUAACUGGUCAUCUAGGGGCUUGGGCAGGGGGAAGUGUAGGGCUAAAUCUACCAGGCACCUUUGUCAAGUCAUUGACCCUCUUGGAAGAAGGAACCAUAUUGAGAGAAGCCACAAAACAGAGAAUCUACUGACAGAAGUCAUAGAACAGAUCACAGCAGUAUCCUUAUCUUCUUCUUGUCUGUCGUUUUUUCUUCUAUUCCAUACUCUUGUACAUAACCUCUGUAAUAACAACAAUAGCCUAAUGGGCCAACUUUUCAUCUACUUUUUGCAUGUCAGAUGCAUACAAGAGAAACUAUGGAUGACUAUGAUUCCUCAUCUGCCACCCUCUUAAAAAUUCUGUCAUUUAAUGUAAUUUAAUUAAUUAUCUAACAUUUAAGAGGUUUACCUCUCUUGUUUCAUCUCCCUUAGGUGUAACGAUGGAACUAAGUGAGAUGUAUUUAUUUUAGAUGGAAUCUUAUAUCGUAAGGCAUAUAAAAGCCAUAUUAGAUGGAAGGCCUUUGGCUUUGCUAGCUUCGUUUAAUACUAUAUGCUUCUUGUUGUAUCUUUCUAUAAAUAAUAUUAAAAAAAGAAAGUGACUCAAGUGGGGUUCCAUUAAAAUAUGGAUUUUUUGUUUUAAAAAACCUUAUCGAACUUUGGGUAAGUCAUUUGAAAUUUAAUCAUUACAUUCAAUCAAGUUUUUAACUCUUGGCAGGAAGGGGGAGUGUCCCAGCCGUCCUAUUUUGUUCUGGUGGAAAAAUGGGAUCGCGGCAGGGCUGGAACUUUGAAACUCAUCUACAUGGGGAAAGAAGAUGAAAAAAGAAAAUAAAGAAAGGAAGCCACUUGAAAGCUUUUUCAUGACAAUAUGGUAUUAUUAAGAACAGCUAUGUCCAGCCCACUUGAAAUGUACAUUCAACAUGACCAUCUGUGAAAACCUACCUUUCUUCUGCUUUUGAUGCAUGCAGUUUCCUUUCUCCUGUGACUCAUGUGAGAUGGUUGAAUAAUCUUUGCUAUGCAGCAUAAGGUUUUCUUUGUAGCAUGUAGGUGCCUAUUACCACUGGUAUGUGCACCUUAUUCUUAUUGGUAAAGCAUAUAGUCAAGUACGUAGAUUAUAAGCUAUGCUCCUUUGUUCCCCAAAAUGGAAAGAAGAGAAAAUUAAAGAAAAGAAGCACCACAUUGCCUUUGUCUAACUAGAAGUACUGCAACACUAGCCAACCUGAUCUCAUCAUUGCGGUUUUGGUGAUCUACAGAAGUUUGGCAAUGCUGUUUUGCCUACUCCUAGAUGUUGUGCUAACCCUAUAUAGAGUGGUUGGGUAUUCUUAACAGAGGCAACUUAAACAAGAGGCUUCAAUGAGACCCAUAGGUCAACCAGCAAGUAGUCAUUGCAAACUUUAAUCUUCAAGCAAUUAGGGAAGAACACGACAGUGUUGGAAAGGGUUUAGAUAGAGGGAAGUAGGUGAGUUUUAACAUGAAAAAAUGUAUUCACAUUGAGGGCGUGGAUUAUAUGCUAGCCAAAUUGGAACACAAUCUCUGUAAGCACAUUUUCAUCUUCAUGUUUUUUCUCCAUCAGCAUUAUACAGUUCGAACAGGAUAUAUUAAACUAUGGCAAUUUGGAUAAAUGCGGCAGUAUUUUAUUAGGUGGAUGUAUUCGUAUAUUGUCUUUCAUACAAAAUGCUUUCAGAUCAAAUUUGUGCAGUUUUCUUGGACAGACCUCCCCAAGUGGAUAUAGGAGAGCUCUCACCAGAUUUGUUCCCAAUAAUGAUCUAGUGCAUGGCGAUGAGCAGAAUCUAUGUCCUGUAUAGAUUCCUCCAAAAUGAGGAAUGUAUUCCAUGAUAGCUGUUGUUGGUGGUAGGAGCACGAGAGUGUUUCAGAACCAAUGCUUCUGGAGUCCACCUCGCCAUCAUGAAUAACCAACCUGAGAAUUUCACUUUUUCCAUCAUUUUCCAACUCAAAUUUGCCAUUGUAUCCCACAGCUGUUGCCCCAUUUAACAAAGGAAUGGUUGGGACCAAGUGCUAGAAAGAAAUCGAAGCUGGAAACCAUUGGAGGGAGCUACUGGAAAUAUCUCUUCAUUCUCCUUGUUUAUGGACACAGAAUAAAGAGAGCAUCUCCUAUGUCUAUUCUCAUUCUCUCUCUUUUUUUUGAUGCUUAGAGUUGAUACAGAGACAUGAUAAGGACUAGUUCUUGAUCGCUGAUUUUUUCUGCAUCAUCGUUUAUUGGCUCUUGGUUUCUGAUCAUUUGCUUGGCAUUUGUUCUGUCUCCAAGGUUGUAAAACAAGGAGUGGCGCCUUACUUUCUUGGCCAAUAAAAUGCAGGUUUUAUGCACGUGGAGAAAAGCAGCGGUCACUGGAAAAUGUUAGUUGAAUUGUGUAAUGAGCUUGACUCAGAGCUGGAAGGGUUAAAUGAGGGUUGAAACCCACCAAAUUUAUUAAUCAGAUUUUUGUAUGGAGAGAACAGAAAUAAAAGAGAGAAAAAUGAGGGAAUGUGAAGGAAGACUACGGCUGAAAUACAAGAAGAAAACCAACUCAUGUUACUUCUCACUGAAUCUUCAAGCUAAUGCUGAUUGGGUGCAGAGGUGUGGCAACUUGCCUUGAAACGAGAUCAAAAGCUUUGCAGCAUUUAGAAUUACCCAAUGAAUCUCGGUCUUUGAGAAGUUACAAUGCAUAACAGAAAAUGGUUACCUGCUGUUACUGCUAUUUCAGAAAAUCCUUCUCUGAGGAGGCCAGCUUAGGCAUGUUGUAAUGGGCGUUGUGUGGCCUAGAACUGGGAGGUUCCCCGUGGUCAUUUAUCAUGGUGUCUAUGUUUUGUGUGGGCUUCUCUCUGAUUAAGGCCUCGAUGUGGGUUUCCAUUACCCUCUGAUGGAUGCUGAUAGAAGUGAAAGGUUGGUUUGUUUUGAAAAAGUGGGAUAGAGAGGAGAAUUAAUUACUGACACGUGUCUGUGGAUGGAGGCAUCAAUAUAAAGAAGGAAUCAAGCCAAGUACUCGUCGGCAAUGUCCGAUGUCAUUGGGGAAGAACCAUUGGAAUCUCCGAAACAAACUUUUUGCUUGCGUAGAGCAGCACCAGCGUUUACAAAUCAACUGAAUCCUCUUGUACCGCCUAUCUUGAGCAAGGAAAAUGGUUGUUUAGCCCGCUUCUUGCUGAUGCAUGCUUUGUAUCCUUUCCUGUCUUCAUGGCUUAAACAUUUGGGUGGAACCUGCCUAUGGCUUUAUUUUCAUGUAAAUGAUAAAUUACUAGAAAAUAAAGGUGGCUUGAACUCUGGUUGUGGACCCCUUACGGCUCUGGUGGCUCUGGAACCGAACUGGAUUUAUGCCAAGCCUGGGCGGCCCAAUAUGUGAACCAAGAACCUCUUUUGCUUUGGGUCUAUGUUUGGAAAUGAAGAAGCCUGUCUGGAUAGGGACCCCACCUGACACACGUGCGCAAGAUGGAGCACUCUAGCUUGCAGCGCCAGGUUGCCUACGGGAAGAAGAGCCUCGUCGAUCAGGGAUACCUUGAUGAACAAUUUUAUGAACUAGAAGAGUUGGAAGAUGAAGCGAGCCCAAAUUUCGUGGAAGAAGUUGUUACUUUGUUUUUCUGUGACUCAUCCAGAUUGGUGGCCAACAUUGAGCAGGCUCUCGAAAAGUGUCCCCAAGACUUCCGGAGGCUGGGCUCACUCGCACACCAGUUGAAGGAUAGCACCACGAGCAUUGGUGCUUUGAGGGUAAAGAAUGAAUGCACUCGGUUCAGGGAAUACUGUGACGAAGAAAAUCUUCAAGGAUGCCAAGGAUCAUUCCAAAAGGUGAAGAGAGAACAUGCCAUAUUAAAGCAGAAGCUGGAGGCUUAUUUCCAGCUGCUAAGACAGACCGGCCCAGCCGCAAGAGCAACUUGUUCUGGCGAUUGAGAUGACCAUCCAAAAUGAUGUGCGGCUCUGUAAGCUUUAAAGAUGGUUCAGUGGGGAAGUAAAAGUCUAGAAUGUAUAAGAAUAUGCCUUGUGGUUGUAACAGAUGUUUAAACUGGAAAUGUUAAGACUGUUGAUGGUAGAUGCAAUUGUUCGUGC